UAUUCGUAUGAUCUAUGCGGUUCCACCCGUUAUCGAAUCCGCCUGAAUUCGUGCACUGUGCAGCCGCCUCCGCCCCGGAACUUGUUAUGAACUUGAUGAUUUAGCGAGGGAAACAUGUCAAUUGAUCUGACGAAAAACAAAGAUGCCCUGGUGGCCGCUUGGCGCAGCGUGGUCGACGAUAAAUUGUCUACUAACUGGGCUGUGUUUGGCUAUGAAGGGCAGACUAAUAACUUAAAAGUGAUCGGAACGGGAAGCGGCGGAUUGGAAGAGAUGAUCGAUCGAUUGAGUAGUAGUCACAUCAUGUACGCAUUUUGCAAAGUUAUCGAUACUAAAACAAGUCUACCAAAAUGUUUGCUUAUUAAUUGGCAAGGGGAAGGUGCUCCAAUCGUCAGGAAAGGAACAUGCGCCAAUCACAUUAGAGAUAUAGAGAAAUUGUUAAAGGGAGCACAUAUUACAAUUACGGCGCGGUCCGAAGAUGAUGUAGAAGUAGACGUGAUUAUGGAAAAGCUCGCGCGAGCAACAGCCUCCGCGUAUAAAUUUAAUGAACCUCGUAGCGAAAAUGAAGGAAACACAGGACCUGUUGGCACAACGUAUCGCAGAGUAAUCCCUGCACAAGAGAUAAACGCAACCGAGAGAGAUCUGUUCUGGGAAAAGGAAGAAAUGGAGGAGAAAAAGAGGUUGGAGCAAGAGCGACUGCGUAGUGAAGAAGAGCGACAGAAAUUGGAACGAGAAAUGAGAGCUCGAGAAGAAAAGGAAACGCAAUUGAGGGAACAAAAAGUAACUGCUAAGGAAAAUUCAAUCGCUCGUCAAAAGCUGGCCGAGCAGCGUGCCGAGGAGGUGAACAACUUACGCAAUCAAAAAACUGCUCAAAAUUACGGCAAUGAUGUCGAAGAUGAUCAUAAGUCGCGAAGCGAUGAACUGCGGAAACAGAGGAGCAAGGAAACGCAACAAUUGAUUGCUCAACGAACGAUAAACGCUCGAGCGAUAUUCGAACAGAAUUCGGCGGCCGGCCAGAUGAAGACGAGUUCGGCGCAACAAUUUUUACCGAAAAACAAUCACGUGGAGUCCAUGAGAAAAGCGUUGGAAGAGACUCAGAUAAAGGACCAGCCCGACGUGAAGCCGCGCGAGGAGACACCGGUCGAAGCGAAAAAAUCUACAAGUGUGGAAACAGUGAUCUCCUCAUCCGCGUCACCGCCUCAGUCUCAAAAUAUCAAUCAAGAAUCGAAAACGACCGCCAAUCCCCCGCAACCGGCACCCGAACAGACGUCCGAGGCUAAGGAGCAGGUCGCCGAGAAUGAAUUAUAUAACCAAUUAGACGGCUCGUACUUAUAUUUUGACCCGAACAACGAGGGGAUGAAGGCUAGGGCUUUGUAUGACUAUCAAGCCGCCGACGAUACGGAGAUCACGUUCGAUCCUGGAGAUAUAAUCACGCAUAUAGACGCGAUUGACGAAGGCUGGUGGCAAGGGCUUGGACCUGACGGAACAUACGGGCUGUUCCCCGCUAAUUACGUGGAAGUUAUCGAGUACAACACAACAUGAUAAGACGUGUGUCUCUCCGGGGAAAUUUAUCAAGAUCAUUUUUCAUUUUCUUCGUAAUUAUCCACAUAAAAAACCACCUUGUAUGUAAGACAUCGGUAUCAGCGCAAUCUUAUCUGCGAUAAGUAUUAUUACGUUUCUAGAUAUAAGUAUCAUUGAACCACGUGAUGAAUUAGUUUCUGAAAAACUAGAGGAAAAGUUUUUGUAAUGGGAACGUGUGCUUCGUGUGUAACAACUGAAACCGCACGUCUUCGUAACAUCUCACGCCUUCCAAGCCGUUGUUUAAUUUUAAAGCAUUUAUGCAUGGAGGGAGUUUACAAUUAAUAUAACAAUUCAAUUAGUAACGUGUCCGAAGAGAGUUAACUGAAAUGUUAAUCAUAACCGGUAAAAUGUAUGUCUUCCCAGCAGGUCAUACAGGUUUUAUCCCAUUAAUUAACCAAUAUUAUAUAAACAUAUAUCUUUUUAUAACACCCUGUAUCAGAUGCUGAUAUAGCAAUAACUGAAAUACAUCUUAUAUGUAUGAAACAUCUUAUAUGACGGAAACUAUGUUACUGCAAAGCUGUGUAAUAACUACGUAUUUAAACAUAUAUCAUUUUUAGAAUAAAUGUUUCAAUUUGUUAUAGUUCAACAUAAAAGAAAUUUAGUAACAAAGAAUCCGCUUUUAAAUGCAAGUUGAUUUUUUAUUUUUUUUAUAUUAGAUUUUUAAAUGUUGAUGUUAUGUCCAAAAAAAGCAUGAAAAUGCUUUUGGUUAUCGUUGAAACAUCGCAUGGGCGGCAGUUGACAUAUAUAUUAGGUAUGAUAAAUUAUUUUAUUGUAUAAUAGAAAUUUUUAUAGAUAAUAAUGAGAUAAAGUAGCAUCACAAUAUCCAUGUUACAUAAAUAAAACAAAGAAAAUCA